GAGUCUCGAGUUUUGACCAUGGAGUUCCUCGAUGAAUAUGACAGUAGACCCAGAUUCCAAUUCCAAUCUAAACCAUUACCCGAAUCCUCCAACGCCACCGAUCCUGACACAAAUCAUCCUUCUAUUCGCAGGACUACCCUUCUCAUCUCCCUAUUUCUUUCCAUUUCCAUUUUCAGUCUUGCAUUCCUUUGCUUCAAUUUUGAACCCGUCAAAUCCAUCCUUCUGUGGGUUUCUGUUUCCCUUCUUCUGGGCCCCUUUGCCCCUUCCUCCCUCACUGCGGGCAAUAUCCGCGUUGGCCUUGGUCCCGUUCUUAAAGAUUUGCCUGAAAUUCCCGACGAAACUGUUGAGAAAAUCAAUAGGAAAUCGACGAAAUCACAAAAGAGAUCGCCAGAAGAUGCUGUAAAACUUGAUGGGUCUUUGGGGAAAUCCAUAAUUGUUGCUGAUUCUUCUUUGAAUUUGGAGAAAAAUGAGGGGAUUGAUAGUGGGUCUACUACGAAUUUUGAGAAAAUCGAGGAAGGGAAGUGGAGUGUGGCGGAUGAGGAGUUGCUGAAGAAGUUAAUGGUGAAGCAUCCGGUGGGGAAGCCGGGGCGAUGGGAGGCGAUAGCUGAGGGUUUGAAGGGGAAACAUAAAGUGGAUAGUGUGAUAAAGAAGUCUAAAGAAAUGGCUGAGAGGAAAGUGAGCGAUGAGGAUUCUUACAAGAAGUUUUUGAUGGAUCGGAAGCCAAUGGAUAAGCGAGGUUCUGAUGAGCAAAGUGUUGGAAUUGGAGCAACAAACAAUAACGAGGGAGGGAGAGGAGAAAGUGAGUGGACUGAUGGAGAUGAUUUAGCAUUGCUUAAUGCUUUGAAAGCGUUUCCGAAGGAUGUGGCAAUGAGAUGGGAGAAGAUUGCUGCUGCUGUACCGGGGAAGACCAAAGCUUCAUGUAUGAAGAGGGUGUCGGACUUGAAGAGGGAUUUCCGAAGCUCUAAGGCUUCCUCUGUUGAGGCCUCUUAGAUUGAGGAGGUGAAUUUGUGUUACAUUUAUACAUUUCUAUGUUGAAAAUCAAUAGACAAUAAAUAUUGUUUUAAUGCGAGAAGGAGUACUGAGAUCUGUUUGUUUGAGUUGAUCAGAUUAGAUGAGAUUAUAUACAAUAUCAAAUUCAAGACCAUAUAUAAGUUAAAUGAGUAAUUUCAUGAAUGACUUGACCAUUCACGAUUUAAGAUUGUAUUCGUUUCUUAGGGAUUGGAACUUAUCUUGUUUCGCU